UGUCGAGUCGGAAUCGUUGGACAUCGACAGGCUAAAUCUAGGCAGGGAUCGACUCGUUGCCGCGGAAGAAAGGAUUUUCGUUUAAUUAUCUACUGCAGAUCAAAACAUAAUUGUUCUUUAAAGAGUCGCUGGAAACUACACUGCGCCACCAUGAGCGUCAUCAUCCGGCUGCAGAACCUUCCGUGGUCGGCCAACGCUUUGGACAUUCGGCAAUUCUUUCAAGGUCUCUCGAUACCUGAGGGAGGCGUCCACAUUGUCGGCGGAGAACAGGGCGAUGCAUUUAUUGCCUUCAGCACCGAUGAAGAUGCGCGACAGGCGAUGAUGCAUAACGGUGGAAAGCUGAAAGAAACACAGGUCAGCUUGCUCCUCAGCUCGAGGACGGAGAUGCAGAAGGUCAUUGACACAGCCAGGCAGAAGGUGUUGGGCAUGCAGGCCGCGAGCGUCACCCCUCCGGUGACCGCGGCCCCCAUCAUUCCAGCCGUGCAACCAGUGCCGCAGCCCACCAUUCCGACCAUCGCCAACAUCGCAGCUCCACACCUGACCCAGCAGAUGGGCCUGCCGAUGCAAGCGCAGCUGCCAGUGCAGCAGCGCCUGCUUGGCAUGCUCGGAAUGGGCAUGGCGGCGGCCCAGCUGAACAACCUUCCACUCGCAAACGCGCAGCAGACCAGCUUGACCCUUGGCAACGUGGCAGCGCACAGCAACAACCCCUUGAUGCACCCUCACCUGCCGAUGCAACAACAGCAGCACCCCAUGAUGCCGCACCACCAGACCGUAAACCCAAUGAUGCAGGCUCAGAUGAACCACAUGCGUCCCAACAACAACAACAACCAGGUCCAUCAGCAGCAACAGCAAUUGCAGCAACAGCAUCAACAACAACAGCAGCAGCAGCAACAACAGCAGCAGGUGAACGAGCGUGCGGGCAGGGACGUUCGGCCUGACAGGAGGCGCUCCCGUUCUCGCUCGAAGGAACGCAGACGCUCCAGGGACCGCAGGGAUCGCAGUGGCGGCAACACCAGGCGCCGCCGCUCUCGCAGCAGGUCGAGGGAACGCGACAAGACCCGCAGGAGGGACCGCAGCAAGAGCAGGGAUCGCUCCAGGGACCACACCCGCGACAGCAGGGACCGCCGCAGAGACGACCGUAAGAGUUCUCGGGAUGACAAAACACCUCGCAUCAGCAAGGACGACGUGGGCACCACACCCAAGAACGCGCAGCAGGCCCCGACGCCGUGGGUCAACCCGUCGACGCCGGCUGCGUCGCCCGGCAUGAUGAACAUGUCUCGCUUCUCCAACUUCCAGCCGAACAGCAACAACAAAGCGCAGCAGGGUGACGUUCCCGUCUGGGGCCAGCAGCAGCAACAGCAGUCGUUCAACGCUCCCCAAAUGCAACAGUCCCAAAAUAAUCAGCAGAGUAAUGGUAGUGGGGGACCGCCGAUUGGUGUGCGGCGUCCGGCGCAGAACACGUGCGUGAAGGUGUCCAGCAUGCCCCAAACCGUGGUCUACCGCGACCUGAGGGAGUUCUUCCAGCAUCUGCACGUGCUCAAUAUCAAGCUGAUCACGGACGAGAAGGGACAGAAGCAAGGGAAGGCGCUGAUCAAGUUUGGCUCGACCGAGUGCAAGCUCAAGGCGUUGACGAUGAACGGCACCAUGUACAACAACACGCAACGCGUCGACGUGAUUCACUGCACCGAGGAGGAGUACGACCGCACCCUCGACUCGUACACGCCCAACCAGGAGCCGGCCGUGGUCGCUAUCAACAACAUACCGCCCUACGCCAACGAGAUGGACGUCAAGCGCGUCUUCCACGGCGCCCGCAUAUUCAACGUAAUCCUCAUGCACCCUGGGGACAAAACAGGAAUUCCCUCCGGCUUUGUUCAGUUCUCCUCGAUGAGCGAGAGGAACCGGGCUAUCGCGGCCAGCGGCAAGCUCAAGAUUGAUAACCAGGAGAUUUACGUAACAGAGAGUUCCUUCGAGGACAUCUUCAGGGCGCAGAAGGCCGUCAGCAGUGUCACGGAAUCCGUGCCGAAACCGAAAGAGGAAGUGCCGGCGGCCGUGGCUACGCCGGUAGUAUCCGAGUGCGUCCUGCUGAAGGGCCUGCCACCGACCACCAACAACAGAGAGAUCCUUGACUUCUUCUCCGACGUCGGCCUCAUUCCGCUUCACAUCUUCAUCAUGCAGGACGACAAAGGCGCCCCGGCCGGCGACGCCUUCUGCGAGUUCCGCAAUCCUGCCGAGGGCGUGCGCGCCGUGGCCAAGAACAAAACCACUCUGGGCACCAAGGAGAUCACCGUGCGGCCGGUGGUGCGGCAAGAGAUGGAGAUGGCCCUCGGCAUGGCCAAGAACCCCAACCAGAUGAUGGGGCCGCGCAACGGACAGGAGCAGAUGCGCCACCAGAUGCGGCCCAAUUUCAUGAACAUGAACAGGCCGCAGUUCGACCCGCGCAACCCGCAGAUGUUCCCCAUGCGGGGCCCCUUUCCGCGCGGCCCCUUCCCCCCGCACAUGAUGGGCAACCGGCCCAGGCCCCCGUUCAUGAACGGCCCUCCUCAGGAGCCCAACAUCGAGUUCGGCAAGCCCGGAUGUGUGAUCGAAGUGACAAACGUGCCCUACCAGGCAGACAUUGACGAGAUUCUCAGCUUUUUCUCCGACUUUGAACUGACCAGGCAAGACGUCAUUCGGCGGUUUAACGACAUGGGCAAGCCCACGGGUGAUUUGCGGAUCGCCUUCCACUCGCCCCCUGAUGCCCAAAGAGCAAUGUCUCUCAAGUUCAAAAAAAUGAGAGACCGGCAGAUCUACAUGAAUCUUUUGCAAACUUAAAACUCUUCAACUGUUACCUCUGAUUUGUGUAGCUGUAUAUUUUUAAUUAUAUGCAUAUAAGGGUCACUAAGUGAAUGUGCGCAAGAUGUAUAGUUUUGUAUUAAUUAAGCUGAAUAUAUCAAACUAAGCGGAAGCAAUA